AUGACCCAAGAACCACAACAAUUUAUCUCCCCAAGUAAGAAACUAUAUCAUCUCAGACAUAGAGUCACUAGGGACCAAUUACAACAUACAAACCUUACAGAUUGGUCUACCAUACAUGACUUGACCAUCGAUAAUGACAUUCAAUUGGUCUCUCAUGCUGUCCCCUUCGUAGGACCUCCUGAUUUAUAUUGUAACAUGACAAACAAUAACGCUAAUAAUAACAUGGAUCUAUUCUCAAAACCUCCUUCACUACCAAUCUAUAACGACUCUCAACAUUCCAUGUCUACAGUAUCUACAAAUAAUACUAUAGACUCAAAUUGUAAUAGACAUAUAUCGUAUUCUCAGGAAUCUAUAUCCGAAUCAUCAAUAUUCUCCACACCUUCAUUAGCAUCAAGACUUCGUAAUAAUAUUAGUGUAGAUUCAUUAAUUCAAGAAAAUAAACGAAGAAUAUCAGAUCAAAUGGACUCUUUAAAUAUGUUCGUAGAUAAUAAGGAGACAGAUAUUAUUGAUGAUGAUAACAUUGAAACGCACCAUAACAACCAAUUAACAACUAUAAUACGAAGACAAACAAAUCAAGACCUUUUAAAAUUGAAAUAUGACAAUAGACAUUUAUUAAAGAGGAAAUUCCAAUUAGAUAAAAUAUGGAAUAAUAUAAGGAAAUCAUGGAAAGAUGGAACUAUAUUAAUCACUUUGAAAAGUUUAAACAUGUAUUGGUUUGGUUUACCCGUGGACCUACGAUUCCAUAUCUAUCAACUAUGUCUUUAUGAUAUAUAUACCGGAGAAUCAAUCCAACAUUCCAAUAAAAUGUACCAAGCUUUAUCACAAUGCAUCAAAUUAGAUACAUUAGCUAAGAAAAUAUGGUUAAAUCUUAGUAGAGAAGAAAAUGGAAUCAAUUGUAUUUUAAAUUCAAAUAAUACAAAUAACGUCAACAUUUCCUCUACUAUUAUUGAAUCCAAAUUUUUCACUUUUUAUCAAGGAUUAUAUUAUCAUUUAAGAGAUCAUUUGAAAUUAAACAUUUUGCAAGAUUUCAUAAUACCAUUAUUAAGAAAAUCAUUAUAUUCAUGUUUAUCUACUCAUGCAAAUGAUGGCAUGGCAUUGGAAUUAUUAGAUAUAUUCAUCUUCUCAAUGUAUUAUAACCAAUUAUCAAACGUAGUAUUGAUCGAUUUCUUAUUCGCGGUAUUGGAACAAACUUACUUCAAAUUCUUUAAUCAUGAUUUAAUUGAAUUUAUAAAUCAAUUGAAAUCUAUUAAUAAUAACUUGGAUUUGGUUCAAAUUUUGGAAUCAUUGAGGAAAAAUCAUGAUAAACAAAUAAUGGAAUAUUAA